UUUAAUUACUUUUGUGUAAUUGAAGACCAAAUGUAAGAAUACAGUACUAGUGUUGGAGUAUUUAUAUUAUAUAAAGAUGAAACCUUACUUUACUGACCCUAUUUGUGUACAACUACAAGUAGCUUAAUUUUACAAGUGCUUAUUUUUAGUUUAUUUUAGAGAAGAUAGUUUGUGUGUGUGUGUUUUAUGUUUUCAGAAUCAGACAGAGCAUUGUGUUUGUGUGUAACCAACAAUAUACUACUACUACUAACACCAUUCUCUCUCUCUCUCUCUCUCUCUCUCUCUCUCUCUCUCUGUGUAAGAUUGUUGUGUUGUUGAACAAAACAAGUUCCCAAGGUUGGUUGGGUCGGACAUUGGAUUUGGGGUUUAAAAAGUCCUCGAGAGAGAGAGCGAAAACUUGUUGCUUCAACUUUAUUCUUUUCUCAACUCAACACAUUGUCUCUUUCUUCUUCUAUUUCAUUGUUAAGUGUUUUUGAUUUUUUCUACAUUGUUUCUAAAUUGUGUAACACAAGAUCAUCACCAAACCAAUUUGUUCUGUUCUGUUUUUUCAUCAUCAAAAUCAGAACUACAGAAAGAGAAACAGAAUUCAACUCAGACCCGUAUUCUAAGGGUUCUUUUUUUUUUUUUUAUUACUACUUGUUGUACUUUCUCAUUCUACUUUUUCAACUUCAUUCAACAAGAACAAAAAAGCUAUAUGAAUUUGUACCAACAAGUCAACAACAAUGAGAGAUGAAAACUUCAAGAAAAGCAAGCUUUCAUGGCCAAAAACUUUGGUUAAGAAAUGGUUCAAUAUUAAGAGUAAAGCUGAAGAUUUUCAAGCAGAUGAUGAUGAUGUUCUUUAUGGAGGUGUUGAUGAAGAGUGGAGGAACAACUAUUCAAAGAGAGAAGAAUGCACUAACAAGAAAAGCAAAACAGAAAGAACAAAGAGAAGACACUCGGAAAGAACGCGGCGAUGUAAGAUUGAUCACGAUGCAGCUCAGGUUACGGAUGUGAAUAAUUAUAGAAUCUUUGCCGCAACUUGGAAUGUAGCCGGAAGAUCUCCUCCAAGUUAUUUGAAUCUCGAAGAUUGGCUUCAUACUUCUCCACCUGCUGAUAUUUAUGUUCUUGGGUUUCAAGAGAUAGUACCUCUCAAUGCUGGAAAUGUUUUGGGGACAGAAGACAACGGUCCUGCUAGAAAAUGGCUAGCUCUUAUACGGAAGACACUGAAUAGUCUUCCCGGAACAAGUGGUGAAUGCCAUACUAAUUCACCUCUUCCAGAUCCUGUUGUAGAGUUAGAUUCUGAUUUUGAGGGAUCGAUGAGGCAGAAGGCUACCUCUUUCUUCCAUCGAAGGUCGUUCCAAUCUUUGAGUCAUAGUAUGAGAAUGGACAAUGACUUGUUAGUGCCACAGGCAUGCCUCGAUCGCCGUUUCAGCGUCUGUGAUAGAAUGAUAUUUGGUCAUAGCGCAGGUGACUAUGACCCUAAUUAUAGAUGGGGGUCCUCAGAUGACGAAAACAGUGAAUCUCCUGUUAUAUCGCAGUAUUCACCAAUGUCGUAUAGAGGGUUUGCCUCUAUGGAGGAUAGAGAUAGACAAACAGAGAACUCGAGAUAUUGUUUGGUUGCUAGUAAGCAAAUGGUUGGGAUUUUUCUAACUGUUUGGGUUAAAAGCAAUAUAAGAGACGAUGUUCGCAACAUGAAAGUGUCUUGUGUUGGCAGAGGGUUGAUGGGAUAUCUUGGAAACAAGGGUUCAAUAUCAAUUAGCAUGUCUUUACACAAAACAAGUUUUUGCUUCAUAUGUAGUCAUUUGACUUCUGGACAAAAGGAGGGUGAUGAGCUAAGGAGAAAUUCAGAUGUAAUGGAGAUUCUUAGAAAGACGAGGUUUCCUCGAGUUAAUGGCAUUGGUGAUGAGAGUUCUCCUCAGACUAUUCUGGACCAUGAUCGAAUAAUUUGGCUGGGAGAUUUAAAUUAUCGGAUAGCCCUUACUUACCGUGCUGCAAAAGCUCUUGUUGAGAUGCAUAAUUGGAAGGUAUUGUUAGAGAAUGACCAGCUGCAUAUAGAGCGAGAACAAGGUCGCGUCUUUGAAGGAUGGAAUGAGGGGCAAAUAUAUUUUCCUCCCACAUACAAGUACUCAAACAAUUCGGACAGAUAUGCAGGUGAUGAAAGACAGUCAAAACAAAAGAGAAGAACUCCGGCGUGGUGUGAUCGGAUCUUAUGGUAUGGAAGAGGCCUCCGCCAAUUAUCUUAUGUUCGUGGGGAAUCAAGAUUCUCCGAUCAUAGACCAGUUUGUAGUGUAUUCUUAGCAGAAGUCGAGUCUGUUAGCCGUAACCGAAUCAGAAAAUGCUCUAGUUGCUCCAGUUCAAGGGUUGAAGUAGAAGAGUUGUUGCCUCAUUCACAUGGCUACAAUUAUACCGAUUUAACAUUCUAUUGAUGAAAUGCUACCAAUAUUUAUUCUUUCUUGUUAACUUGAUUAAUUGAAGAAACUGAUGUACAAAGUGUAACAUACAAGGUGGGCAUUGCUAAGAGGAAUGCUAGCUAGCCCCAGUUGUGAUGUAGACAUUCUGUUAUUCUCAAAGUCUCAAAGAAGCUGCAGAGUUUGGUUUUUUGUCUACAAUCACAAACAUUGGAUUUUUUUGCAGCUAACAAUCUUUUUGGCAGUUUCUUUAAUCAAUACAAAUAGCAUCUCAAUUCUCAUUGAAAAUAAG